CACAAGAUACUGGAAGGGUGUCAAUAAGAGGGGGCAUGGAUUCAAGCAAGUACAGAUCAAGAGGCUACACGAUGGCAAGCAGCAACAACAAGAGGCCACCUCCUUACCUCCUCCUGCUGCUGCUGGCACUCGGCGCUGCGGCGCUGAGCGUGGGCAUCCUGCACAAGAUGAGGGAGCGCCGCGUCUUCUCCAUCCUCCUCCAGGAACGCGAUCAGCAGCUUAUCUCCCUUCAAGCCCUCCUGCAGAAAGAACAAGAAAUCAGUAAAGAGAUGAGGAGAAAGAUGGAUGAAUUAGAAGCCAAAACAUCUGUCCUAAGCAUUGAGAGGACAGAACUGAAAAACAAGCUCAUGGAUUCUGAAACCACCACGACAUAUCUCACAAAUACCCAGAAAGAGCUGGAAGCGGCUCUAGUGGAAAAAGAGGGUCAUAUCAACCAAAUGAAAGAGAAUGCGGCUGCUUCAGGCCCUGAACAAAUGGCAGCUAUAAAGGAACUUCUGCAGCAAAAAGAAGCUGAGCUUGAAGAGAUCAAGACCAAGUUGCACGACUACAAGAAAUCAGAUACAAAUAUCAGCGAGAGCAUUUUGGUUGGCACAAACAAUGAGAAUACAACUUCUGACACAGCGGUACCUGAGAAUUCUGCAAACCCUGGUGACUCUGCUCCAGCAGAAGAACAUCAUUCUUACGACAAUAGUGCGUCAGAGAGUAACCAAGAUGAGAGCACUGGAGCAAGCACAAACAACGAAAAUGCAACUGUUGAUACUGUGGUGGUCGAUAAGUAUGCAAACUCUAGUGAUUCCACACCUGCUACUACAGAAGAACCGCAUCCCUACAACACCACUGCAUCAGAGAGCAACCCUCAAGAAAAUAGUUCCCCAGAACAACACUUUAUAAAGCUUAGAACUAACAGGGAAGAUGAUGAACCACAAGACAAAACAACAGGUGAUGCCAAUGAUAAUUCAAAUGAUGCUCUAGAGGGAAGCCACUUGGGGAAAUCUGAACUUCCUCAGUGGAGCCCCAAAUUGGCAGAUAGUCAAGAUAAUAGCACAGAAGAACUAGAUAGCACUAGACAGUUGGAGAACUCACAAGGUGAGGCCAACUAUGAAAGCAGAGGCAGUAAUCUGCUGGAGAAAGAGGUGGAAGCCAGCAACGAAGUUGAACCAAUGAAGGAAACCAGUCCUGAGACUGAGCUGGAGACUUCGAAGGAUAGCUUGAGUGAAGCCAACCAAAACAGUACACAGGCUGUUGAACCUGUGGCUGAUCCUGCAGAUGUGAAGCCCCGUAUGCCCAUAUAUAAUGAUGAAACAAAAGAGACAAGCAAGAGACGUAGGCGGAGAAAGUUUAGAUCCAGAAGGAAAAAGAGGACCAAUGCUCCUUCUACCAAUGUUGAUGGAGAAGUCACCAAAGUAAGGUAGCCACAGCAAAACCAAAAAGAUACUUGGAUUUGGAAAAUGACUGCAAUGCAAUGAUGAAUCAUAAAAGGUAUAGAUAGGAAAAUUGCAAUAAUCAUAUUGCGAAAAGAGAUGGACCCAGAUGAGCUGCCAUGAUGCUGAUAUGAGCCCUGAAGAGAAGGAAAGAAAAUGAAUAGUGAAGCAGCUGCAGUUACCAGUUUGUAGCCGAUGGCAGCACAAAUGAAUGAUUGUGUGU